AUGGCUCUGCAGAAACUCUUCUAUAUCUCAAUUUUCCUGCUAGUAUGCACAGCCACGGAAAUCAACCCAGAAGCAGAGGCACUACUCCGAUGGAAGUCCAGUUUGAUCCGCGCCGACUCGCUGUCCUCCUGGUCGGUUGCCAACUCUACAUGUUCUUGGUACGGUGUCACCUGUGACACUGCCGGACAUGUUACUGAGGUCCAACUUCGUAGUGCGGGGAUCAAUGGUACGCUACACGCCUUCUACUCUCCAGUGCUUCAAAACCUCACAGUGCUUGACCUUGGGGCAAAUAACCUUGGUGGUGUUAUCCCAGCAAAUAUAUCUUUGUUUCUAACCCUCACCGUUAUGAACUUGAGCAGCAACAAUCUUGUUGGUGUCAUCCCCUACCAACUCAGCAAGCUACCAAUAAUUAUCAAAUUAGAUUUGGGAAAUAACAAGCUUACCAACCCAGAAUAUGCCAAUUUCUCACCUAUGUCCACUUUAAAGCUGUUAUCUCUAGCUAAUAACAAUCUCAGUGGUACCUUCCCACAAUUCAUCCUCAACUGCACCCAUGUGAGGAUGAGGUUCCUCGAUUUAUCAGGUAACGCCUUCACAGGGCCGUUACCAGAUUCACUGCCGGAGAUUGUACCAAGGUUGAGGUAUCUAAAUCUGUCCAUUAAUUUAUUCUCUGGCUCCAUACCUUGCUCACUCUCAAGGCUCCAAAAGCUAGAGAUACUAACACUCAAGAGAAAUAAUCUCACAGGAGGAAUCCCAGAGGUGCUGGGGAUGAUACCUGGACUCCGAUAUCUUUCACUAUCCGUUAACCCACUUGGUGGGUCAAUUCCAGCCUCACUCGGUCAGCUUCAGUUGCUGGAGACGCUCGGCCUCGGAUAUGCUAGCUUGGUUUCUACUAUUCCACCUGAACUGGGAAACCUUACUAGCCUCCGGGAUAUGGUCCUGGCAGGGAAUCGAUUAUUUGGAAGCUUGCCACCAUCUUUUGCCAUGAUACGAAAGUUGCAGACUUUUAUAAUAGAGGGAAACAGUAUCAGUGGUACUAUUCCGCAAGAGAUGUUUACAAACUGGACCAAGCUCAAGCAUUUUGAUGUAAGCGACAACUUGUUAGCUGGAAGCAUCCCUUCUCAGAUCAGCAAGUGGAAGGAGCUACUGUGUCUCCUCCUUUCCCGCAACAACUUUACUGGCUCGAUCCCGGUGGAGGUUGGCAGCAUGCCAAAUUUGCAAGCAUUGGACUUGUCGAAGAACCACCUCACUGGAAUUAUGCCAUCAAAUAUCGGUAAUGCAUCAUCUUUGAAACUCCUUCGUGCCAGCUUCAACCAUCUUGAGGGUGAGAUUCCUGCAACCAUCUCCUCGCUGGUAAACCUUGUUGCUCUCUUCUUGUCUGACAACAAGUUUACGGGUAUCGGUCCUAAUCUUGACAGCAAGCAGUUGCCAGUUGUCAAAGUGGCCAAGAAUAGCGGGUUCCUGGGAAAACCAUUGUAUGUCUUUUGUCAACUAACACUUCUGCGAAUCUUGGAUCUAUCGAACAAUCAGUUGUUUGGUGAGCUUCCUGGUUGCUUGUGGAAUUUGAGAGAUCUACAAUUCUUGGAUUUGUCGAGCAAUGCUUUUGCUGGGGUAGUUCCAACCUCAGCUAACUGCAAUUCGUCGCUAAGUUUGUUGCACUUGUCCAACAACAAGUUCACAGGUUGCUUUCCAGCAGUGUUGAAGAACUUCAAAAGCCUUGUUAUUUUGGAUCUUGGGAACAAUAAGAUGUCUGGUGCACUCCCUCCGUGGAUAGGGGAAAGCAACCCUUUGCUGAGGAAUCUAAGACUGCGAUCAAACAUGUUCCAUGGAAGUAUUCCCAGUCAGCUACUAAAACUCUCCCAUCUCCAACUCCUUGAUCUCUCUGAAAAUACUUUUGUAGGUUCCAUAACAGAAAAUUUCAUCAACUUCCCAUCGAUGAGUCAGGCAUCCAUGGUGCAGCCGGUUACAACAACUUACAUAGUGUUGGGACCCUUUCGAUUUCCUGGUGAUGGUAGCAUAGAUAUACUUUGGAAGAGAAGGGAGUACACCUUUAAGGAAAAAGGUGCAUUUGUGACUGGUAUUGAUCUCUCCGGAAAUUAUCUAUCUGGUAGCAUCCCGGAGAACAUUGGCAACUUAAAGUUAUUAGAAUCGCUUGACCUCUCGUGGAACAAACUAUCGGGUCCUAUUCCCGUUACCAUGUCAGACUUGAUGUUCCUGAGCUCUCUUAACCUCUCGAACAACCGUCUAUCAGGCGAGAUACCUACAGGAAGUCAGCUCCAGACACUCGAGGACCCAUCGAUCUAUAGCAAUAACCUCGGACUUUGUGGUCCCCCAUUGAGCAUUCCAUGUACAAACAAUUCAGAUACUACGACACCAGCGGAUGGGGCAAAGGAACAUCACCAUGAACUUGAAACAUUAUGGCUUUACUACUCAGUGAUUGCUGGAACUGUCUUCAGUUUUUGGGUAUGGUGUGCAGCACUGUUUUUCUGCAAGAUCUGGAGGUUUGCUUUCUUCAGCUGCAUCGAUGCGCUGUACCAAAAGUUUAUACUGAAGAUGAAGCGCACCUGA